AUGCCGAGAUCGGCUCUAAGCGGAGCUGGUGCGUCGCCGUUUGCCAUUCAGGGGAAGGUGGUAUCCGGGGGAGGGCGAUCUAUGAUGAUGCCUCCGCGCAACUCGUCUGUCCCCGCAUCGUUGCCCACGCAUAAAGGCACGGCUACGGGGCUGCAAGACUCCGCGCGCGGAGGCGGCGGAAGGCAGCUCCGCGCGUUCGCGUCCGCCGCGCCAGGGCGCAUGGACGGCCCCGCCGCCCUGGAGUCGGAGCUGGGCCGGCGCGACUCGUACAACCUGAUUCUGGACCAGUUUCUGUCAACAGACGGAAACGCUAGCGGUCCAGAUUCACCCGGCACGGAGGAGUUACGGAGGGUUGUAACCACGGGGAGGGCGCAGAGAGAGGAAAGAGGUGGAGCGGAUGUAUUGGUGAUAGAGAGCGGUGGAGAUGGUGGGAACGCGGACGGGAGUGUGCACGGUGGGGGUAGGAUGCAUGGCGGGAUUCGGCUGCAUGGGAGUAAUAGUUUUCACGGGCAUCCGAGUAGUGGCGGUGCUGCUGGUGGGGGUUUCGAUGGCGCUAGCAGCACAACAGCACCCACCGCCCCUGCUGCUGCCCCUGCUGCUGCCCCUGCUGCUGCCCCUGCUGCUGCUGCUGCUGCUGGUUCUGGUGCUCCGUCAGCUAUAAGCCACUCCCCUCAUCCCAUGCACCAUCCAGCCUACAGGCAAUUCCCCCGUUCCUCCAGCGAUAGCGGGAGAAAAUCCUCCCCCAGUCGUCGGAGCCCUAGCAGCAGUCCCAGUCGCGGCGUGGGGGGCAUAGGCGGAAGCAACCUUGCGCCUCCCCCGCUCGUCUUCUCCCACCAUCACGAAGGGGGGGCGGGGCUGGGCAUGGGCGCGCAUAGCGCCGCCAGCAGCUGGACUGGCGGAGGGAUGGGCGGAGGCGUUGUGGGGGGGUUCGGGGGAGCAACCGCAACAGGGGGAGCAGGGGCAGGAAACGGUGUUCCGGUAGGGGCAGUGGGCAAGCAGUACGCGUUGACUGCAGAUGACUGGCUUGACUACGACCCCCCUGGAGACGCACUGCUGAGAAGAUGCAUGCACCGAGCGACUGGAAGUCGGUUGAUGUGCCGCACCAUCUCCAAGCAGAGCAUUCGGUCACAGCAGCAGGCGGAGGCCAUCGGGGUGGAGGUGGCAGUGUUAGAGGUGCUGCAGCCGCAUGCACACAUCAUUGGGCUCAGAGACAAGUUCGAAAGCCUCACGUCCGUGCAUCUGAUUCUAGACCCCAUAUCGCGCCUCUCUCUGCACGACCGCAUGCGUCAGCACGGCCCCAUCCCUCAGCACCACGCUGCACCGCUCUGCCUCGCGCUGCUGCACGCGCUGCACCACUGCCGUUCGCAGGGCGUGGCCCACCGCAACCUCACGCCCCAUGCUGUCGUCUUCCCUGCUGACGACAGCCCGCUGGGGGAUGCCCGGCUGAGCGGCUUCGAGUGUGCAGCGUUUGUUACCCCAGGAGUGCCCUUCUCAGACCCAGUGACGUCCCCCUUGUUCGCAGCACCGGAGGUGCACGUGGGAAUGUACGGCACACAGGCCGACCUCUGGUCUCUCGGGGUCCUCCUCUUCCUCCUCCUCUGCGGAGUCCCUCCCUUCUGGGCGGCCACGGCCGGCGGCAUUCGGUGCGCAGUGCAGCAGCAGCAGGUGGCGUUCCUGUCCCCCAGGUGGAAGGACGUUUCUGAUGAAAUGAAGCAGCUGCUGCUGAUGCUGCUCGAGAAGAACCCGUCAGAAAGACUCACAGCUGCUGAUGCUCUAGAGCAUCCGUUGUUCACAAGGGUGGCGGCAUCAGAGGAGGGUACUACGCCAUGA